CAUAAGAAUCAAUAAAGAAAGAUCAUAAUUAUAUUCGAAUUCGAGGACCCGAACUUAUCUGCCCGAUCUUAUUAUACGAUAAAUUAAAAGAAAAUGGCGUCGGAACAAGCAAUGCGACCGCAAGAAGUAUCUUCUGAAUCCGAGUCGUUGCAGCAGCAGAAGAAGGUUAGCGGCAGCACCAGCAGCAGAAUUCAAGUUUCCAACACCAAGAAACCUCUCUUCUUUUAUGUCAAUCUUGCCAAGAGAUAUAUCCAACAACACGGUCACGUUGAGCUCUCUGCAUUAGGAACCGCAAUCACUACAGUUGUGACAAUUGCUGAAAUUCUGAAGAAUAACGGGUUAGCAACUACAAAGGAAGUUUUGACAUCAACUGUUGGUGUGAAAGACGAGAACAAAGGUGGACGACUAGUUCAAAAGGCUCGAAUUGAAGUUGUAUUGGUGAAGACUGAGAAAUUUGAUUCUUUAGUGACUGCAAGUUCUACUAAUUCUGCACCAACAUCAACAUCACAAGAAAUAUCAAACGAUAACCACAAGGAUAAGGAAGGAAACGAAAGCAAGGAAUAAAUAUAAAUAAAUUAUAUACAUAUAUUUAUACACAUGAUGCAUAUAUAUGUAUAUAUAAAAAACACAAUUAUUCAUGUAUGUAUUUAUUAUAUUCUUCAGUCUCCGCCGCACCACCACAACCACCGGCCACCACCACCGAAAUCCAUGCAACAGGGUCGCGGCGAUACAUGAUUUAUUAUAUUAUUAAUUCUUUAUAAUUAGCUUGUUUGAAGUUAGUUUCAAAAUUGUUUUUGUUGUAAUUGUUGAAUUUUGA